GCACACGCAUUUCUGAAUCAUCAUGGCGGACAAAAUUACAAUAUAGACGUUUGGUAGCUGAGAUCAUCAAUUACAACCCUUGAGAGCGACAUCAAAAUAAUGAAACUUCGAUUGUCGCCGAGGGCAUACGCCAAGAUCCUCUUGCACACCUCGAAAUACCCUCACAAAGCUGUGAAUGGGGUUCUUUUGGGUGACGAAAACCUUCAAGAUGGUGAAAUUUAUGUCCUAGAUGCGAUUCCUUUGUUUCAUAUUUGUCUUGGUUUGGCACCGAUGCUGGAAGUUGCCCUGGCAAGAGUUGACAUUCAUUGUAAAGAGAGUGGCUUACAGAUAGUUGGUUAUUAUCAAGCUAAUGAACAUAUCAAUGACAAUAGUCCUAAUGCAAUAUGCUACAAGAUUGGUGAAAAAAUAUGUGACCAAUUUAACAAUGGUUUUAUCUUAAUGGUUGAUAAUACAAAACUCUCUGUACCAUGUGAAGAAAUAGCUUGCAAGUGUUUUGUAGUCCAAGACAAUAAAUGGAAGCCAAGUGACAAAGAUCUAUUGCUUGAUGGUGGAGAAGACUCACUUGGUCUUGCUACAGAGCUUCUAGAGGGAAAAGCUUAUCAGAGUCUUAUAGACUUUGACAAUCAUCUUGAUGACAUCACACAAGACUGGCUGAACAAAGACAUCAAUAGACUAGUUGACAUAUCGCUCACAACUUAAAUUUUAUUAGU